UGAUACCGGCAAAGUUUCCACAAACCUAUUUCAAGCAUCUUCUUCAGUAGGGAUGUUAAGUGGUUCGUUCAAUCCAGUUUCAAUUCAGGCUCAAGGAGUUCAAAAAAAAAAGACCUGGCUUGAAGUUUAUAACUCUAGUUCAGUUUUAAAGUUUGAACUUAAAUCUGAACUUGA